AUGCAUUAUGAUCUUCCAGAGUAUAUAACUUCAUAUCUUCAGUUUCAAUAUGAUGUACAACAUAUUUCAACGGAAAAUAUACUCGAAAUCGCACAAAACAUUUCAAAUUCGACAUAUGUAUUAUGUGAUCCAGGUUUAGUAAUGAUUGCUAACGAAAUAACAUAUGCUUCACGCAUUAGACCUUCAAAUAUAAGCUUUUACACAGAUUUACUAUUAAAUCUUAUCGAAAAUUAUACAUUUUCUGCUCAAUUUAAGACCAUACUGUUUACAUCAAUAUUCAAAAACAAAGCAUGCAGCUUAUUGAAUCAUUUAAUGAAGAAUAAAGUUUAUAAAUUCGAUAAAAUUCAUGAAGAAGCAAUGAAACCUGGAAAUGAGAUAUUCUUAUAUGCAUUUAUGGAUGAAUUUGGACUACCUCGACUCGAUAAAACUCCACCUGAAUUAGAAAUUUUAAAUGAGCAAUUUGGAUCAAUUAAAGAGCUUCAAAAUUCCUUAGACAGAAUUAACGUAGAACUACAAAACCUAAAGCGCAAAGCUGAACUUGAAAUAAAUGAUAAUAAAUAUAAUCAUACCAAAAAAGAUCCACAGCAAACUUUAUACAAGAACUUAUAUAAAGAAAUGGAAAGGAAAAUCGAAAAAUUCAACGAUAUUAUCAAAUUUAGAAAUAAAUUUCCAAAUGCUAGUCAUGAUCUUGUUGAAUACGGAGUGAUUCCUACAUCAACAGAUUAUCUAAUAAAAAUUGAUGAUCUUGAUAAAUAUUGCACUAGAUUUGGAAAGAAAAUCGUUGAAAUUUCUCCAUUAGAAACAAAAAUUCAUUCUCAUCUCCCAACUCCGUGUCUUUGGAUAGAAUUUGCUGCAUUUCACGGAGCUAGAAAGUGUUUUGAGAGUUUUUUAAAUGAAUUUUUAAAAGAUAUUAAGAAAAUUGGUUUAAAAAAGGAAACGGAUAUUCUUUUGAAUAAAAGAUAUCAACUGACAAGAGAGCACAAAGAUCAUCUAAUUUGGUAUGCUGCAGCUGGGGAAAAUUUUGAAAUUUUCAUGAAAUGUACAGAAUUUAAUGAAAUUGACGAUGAAUGUUUGAGACAAUCGAUUGUUCAUCAUUCAACUGAUAUAUUUAACUAUAUAUUUGAAAAUAAACCCGAAUUGAAAACAUCUACUCAAUUUUGCUUAGCACAUCAUAAUAUUCACGCAGCGAUUCAUAUGAUAGAUAUGGAUGUAGAUGCUAAUUUUAAUGAAAUUACGAAGCUAGCUUUAGAUCUUGGAUAUGUAGAAUUUGUUAUUUACUUAUUAGAUACUGGUCGUGAUAUAGAACUCGGUAUAUUGAUAUCUAAAUGUAUUGAGAUGCAUGCAACUGAUCUAUUUUCUUAUAUUAAUGGAAAAUUCCCUGAUUCAAUUUUCUUUUUUGAUGAAUCUGGACUUGCACCAAUACAUUUAUCAAUCAAAUACAAUAAUUCUGAUCUGUUUGAUUAUUUACUCGAAAUCGGAGCAGAUAUUAAUCAGAAAAACGGUUUUGGAGAGACGCCUUUAGUCAUGGCUUGUAAAAUGUUGAAUUCUGACAUAGAAAUGGUCUCAUAUCUUAUAAAGAAAGGAGCUGAUGUUAAUAUUCCUGACAGAUUUGCAAAUACCCCUCUACAUUACGCUGUUUUGAGAGAUCAUGUCCAAAUUGCACAAAUGUUGAUUGAAAAUGGCGCAGAUGUAAACCAACCAAAUACUAAUUUCCAAACUCCACGCGGCCAAACUGAUAUGAUAUCAAGAGAAAUGAAAGAGGUCCUUAAUAGGGCCUUUGCGAAGCAAGAAUCUGUCCUUGGACAGAAGUUCAAUGAAAAUGUAGAAAACUAA